CCCCAAUCAGUGUAUGGGAACCAAUCAGUGUCUCCUUUGGGUUUCCUUCACUCCAGAGCAACCGCACAAACAGCAGCAGCAUCAUCUCGUUCUCUGUUGAUUUGGACUGCCGCGCGCUCUGAGACAAUGGGUGAAGCGGAGCUCCUUUCCACACCUCACAACAUCCAAAUCAGUGAGGUGACCUGUGACUCGUUCCGUGUUGCCUGGGAGAUGACCCCUGAAGACACGGCCCGUGUAACACAUUACUUCAUAGAUUUGAGCCGGAAAGAAGGAGGAGAGCAGAACCGCUUCAAACAUAGAGAUGUGCCUACCAAGCUGGUGGCCAAGGCAGUACCCCUACCCAUGGCAGUAAGAGGCCACUGGUUCCUGAGCCCUCGGACCGAGUACUGUGUGGCAGUGCAGACGGCCAUCCGACAGCCGGAUGGAGAUUACCAGGUGUCAGAGUGGAGUCAAGUGGUGGAGUUCUGCACUGGAGACUACGCAAUGGACCAUCUCCAGCAGCUUCUAGAUAAAGCUCAGGGAGUUGCUGGGAGGAUGCUUCGGUUCUCAGUGUUCUACCGGAACCAGCAUCCUGAAUAUUUCCAAUAUGUGAGGACACAAUGUGGAGGUGCGAUGCUCCCGUCUCUAAAAGACAACAGUGGCAGCCACGGCUCCCCCAUUAACGGCAAGCUGUGCGGAGUCUUCCUCAGCUGCAAUACUGAAUUUGACACAGGUCUUCCUCCCAAAGAUUCCCCCUACGGACCCCUGCGCUUCCACAUCUCCGCCGGCCACCUCUUGAACCCCAACGCCCACCUCUACUUUGCCGACUUCUACUGCAUGUACACCGCUUAUCAUUACGUAGUGCUGGUGGUGGCCCCUGUUGGAUCAGAGGGGGAUCGCUUCUGCAGCGGCCGGCUGCCAUUGCUGGACCUCACGGCCAAUCCUUUCCUGAUUUACGUCCCGGGGCCAGAGCCAACGUUCUGUCACGCAAGCGAUGUUAUACUGGAGGUUUUAUACACGGAGCCAUUGGCCCUGGACCAGGGCACGCUGGUGCAGAUCAGCGGCCAUCACCAGCUCAUGAGUCUAUCCACAGCCAAUGCCAAGAAAGACCCCAGCUGCAAAGUGUGCAACAUCAGCGUGGGGCGCUGAGCUGAGGAUGCUGGACUCAGUAUGCUUUGGGAAGAACUGAGAUGCAUCUGGAACCUUGUCAGACUACAGAAGUGUCAGCCUCUAUACUCAUGACAAUUCACAUUCACAGUCUUGGACGAGAAAGUCAACACCUUGAACAGUGUUAUAUGAUGCAAAGAUGAAAAAAAGUGACAAGCAAGUCUCUCAGGUGGAAGACAAAACUAGAGCACUGAGGCAUUCUCUACACAAACUAAGAAAUGUGAGUUAAAUUAGGUCUACGUUGUUUUGGAUCUCUAGCAUG